UAGACAUGGACGUGACUCUGAAAUCAUUUUCAAUGAUGAUCAAAUUGAGAUACCUGAAGAUUGAGAAUGGAAACCUGCCCAGGGGACUUGAAUAUCUUCCCAAUAGUUUACGGAUUCUUGAUUGGACGAGGUAUCCGUCAAAUUCUCUGCCAUCACAUUUCAACCCUCAGAAGCUACUUGAACUUAGCUUGUGUUAUAAUUGUAUUAAACAUGUUCGGAUAGGAACGGAGCCUUUAUGCAAUUUGAAAACCAUUAAUCUGAGUCACUCUCUGAAUCUUGUCAGCACCCCAAACUUUAAAGGUAUGCCAUAUCUCGAGUUUUUGUAUCUUGAAGGUUGUAUAAGAUUGUAUGAGGUUGACCCGACAAUUGAAGUGCUUGAAAGACUUACUGUGCUGAACUUGAAAGAUUGCAAGAAUCUCAUGCAUUUUACAAGCAGUGUACAUGGCUUAAAAUAUCUCAAAGUUCUAAAUCUUUCUGGUUGCUCAAAGCUUAAAAAACUACCGAAUGACAUGGGUCAUUUAGAGAGUUUGGAGGAGCUUCACGUGAAUGGCACCGACAUAAGAGAACUACCUUCCUCUAUUGGAAUGCUUGAAAGACUUCCUGUGCUGAAAAUGGAAGAUUGCAAAGAUCUGGUGUGUCUUCCAAGCAGUGUAGGUGGCUUAAAAUCUCUCAAAGGUCUCAAUUUUUCUGGUUGCUCAAAGCUUGAAAAAUUGCCAGAGGAGUUGGGCGAUAUACAGUGCUUGGUAGAGGUUAAUGUGAGUGAAACUUCUAUAAAAGAACUACCUUGCUCUAUUGGAAUGCUUGAAGGACUUGUUUCUAUGUCCUUGAGAGAUUGCAAACAUCUUAUGUGUCUUCCAAGCAGUGUAGGUGGCUUAAAAUCUCUCAACGAUCUCAAUCUUUCUGGUUGCUCAAAGCUUGACAAAUUGCCAGAUGAGUUGGGUCAUGUUGCCUGUUUGGAGAAGCUUGAUGUGAGUGGAAGUGGCAUAAGAGAACUGCCCUCCUCUAUUGGUCUUUUGAAAAAACCUCAAAGAAUUCUCUCUUGCUGGGUGUAAAGCACGGUCACCUAAAGCAUGGAAUAUGAUCCCCUUUCAGUUAUUGCAAAAAAGAAGUCACAUUCCGACAGGAUUGUCGCUGCCUUGUUUGUCGGGUUUGCAUUCAUUAACUAAAUUGAAUCUAAGUGACUACAAUCUUUCUGAAGAAGCAAUGCCCAGUGAUUUUGGAUGCUUGUCUUCAUUAAGAUCAUUAAAUCUCAGCAGAAAUCAAUUCAGUAGACUACCCGAGAGUGGGGUCAACCUGUGUUGAGGCGCGUGAUAUGUUCUCUGAACAUGAGUGGCAGGAUAUCUACUAUCAGCUUGUAUUCUCAUUUCAACCUCACUACUGGGAUAAACGAAUAAAGAUUGAGGAAAUUGUGCGAGUGAAAAAGUGUGGGGUCCUUAUGAUAUAUGAGGAAGAUGCAAAGGAGCUUUCAGAAAAGCAGAGCAAUAUUGGCAUUAAUACCAAGCAAUGCCUUCAACACAAUGACGAUGAUGAAGCAUCUAGUAGUGCAAGUCAGGCUCUUCCAAAAAUAAUUGAGCAACUCCCCCUUGACAGCGCAGGACCCAGUCGAACCCCUUAUAUUCAUGACCAGAAACAUGGUUAAUGCAUUUUUUUUUUAAAAAAAACGUAGGGAAAA